UCUCUCUCUGUGUUCCUAUUUAAGGUCUCUGUGUCUACCUUAUCCUAACAAGCUUAAUUCAAACUGAGAUCAGAGGUUCACAAUCCAGAAACUUUAACUCUACUUGAUUUUAGAGAUUCAAAGAGAAGCAACAACAGAAGCGAAUAUAGAACAGAAAAUGAGUUCCACAAGCAGAGCUUGGGUCGUGGCUGCAAGCGUUGGGGCUGUCGAAGCCUUGAAGGAUCAAGGGUUCUGUAGAUGGAAUUAUGCCUUGAGAUCCCUCCAUCAACAUGCCAAGAACAAUUGCGGAUCUCUUUCUCAAGCCAAGAGACUUCCGUCUUCCUCUUCUUCAAUGGUGAUGGCUAAGAAGGUGGUUCCCAGCGAUGAAAAGAUGAAGCAAUCGGAAGAAUCUCUGAGAAAAGUUAUGUACUUGAGCUGUUGGGGUCCCAAUUGAGAGCUCCAAAUGAGGGCUGUAUUACUCCAAUUUCGUCGAUUCUGUAAAUACUGAUUGAGAACAUUAAUUGAUUCUAGACGAUAAAGUAAAAAAGAUCACACUUCAUUAGUUCCUA